UUUAAAUUAUGUUAUUUUUAGCAUGGUUUACUUAUGGAAAAGAGCAUAGUUAAGGGUUUACAAUGAAAACGGUCAAAUAAGGGUAUCCAUAUCUGGUACCAAACCAAUUUGCUUUCUCCCAGUUGAUGUGCAGUGCAUCCAGCAGUCGAGCAGGUUGGAUGCUCGCACUCGUUUCUUUUUUCGCGGUGCAGCAACCAGAGUGCAAAUACAAAUAGCAAGAGCGUUGCGUCGCCAGUCGGUGGGCCCGUCUCUGUGCCAGAAACACAUGCUCAGUUUUAGGUCCGCCCGUCCGCCUGAAUGUCCGUGUAUCUGUCCGCUGUCUUUUGGUCUGCUAGUCGGACUGGUACUGGUCCGAGUGUUAGUAUCGUGCACGGGGAGCUUUAGCUUUGUGGCCGCAACCAGUUUGCUGGCAUCGAUCGUCCUUUGCAGGUCGUGCAUGUCGCGUUGGCGUCUCGCGCCGUCCGCGUUCCGUGCUCGAAAUCACAAUCUCAAGCUGAAGUGAAAAGAACUGGAGCGGAUUCGGUACAAAAUUCUGUGCGAUAGUUUUUAGUUGCUGUGCGAGGUCCGAAAAUAUCUCUAAAAUGCGUUGACCUACAGGGAACCAGAUCGAGCCGCGAGUGCCAUGCUAAACAAAGUCGUUUGCGGCUACAGCUUGUACGGUUUAAGAUAACAAAUAAAAGAAAUAAAUUUUUACCGGCUUCACACUCUCACUCUCGGUCCACGAAGCACUCCUGACCGUCUCGUACCCAGCCGAUCGGACUCCCCGUAUCUCAUCGAGUUCGCCGAGUGCUAGUGCUAUAUUCUCUCACUUUGCUUGCAUAACCAAGAGCAAAGCACACCUCGCGGAGGCAGAUCGCAGAUGCAGAUACAGAUACAUAUACUGCUAGUGGUCUAGUAGUGGACCUGGAGAUACUCUAGCGAGUGCAUGCAAUUGGCAUUGUACCUGGUGCUUCUAAAAUCAAAAGAAAGCAGCAAAAUUUAAAAGUGAGACCUAAAGUCGAAAUAUUUUCCAAUACUCUUCGGACUUACCCAAUAACUUAAGCUUACCAAUAAUUUAUGCAAGACUAAAUUGCAAUAAAGGCAUAUAAUCCCUAACAAUAUAACUCUCAUUGAAAAAAUCUUAAAUAAUUUAAACCCCAGUGAAUUAAACAGCAAAAGACAGUUAAUAGACACAGAAAAUGCUAAUAAAAAUAGCAUAAUAAAAGCACGGUUACAUAAACUUAGACGCUCGAACAUUUACAUAGGAUAUCAGAAGCUGGAAUCAUGGUUUCGGAGGAGAACUGGAAUAGCGACACGAUGUCCGACUCGGACAUGAUCGACUCAAAGAACGACGUCUGUGGCGGAGCCUCCAGUUCCAGCGGCAGCUCGAUUUCGCCGAGGACACCACCGAACUGCGCCCGCUGCCGCAAUCAUGGCCUAAAGAUCACCCUAAAGGGACACAAGCGGUACUGCAAGUUCCGCUACUGCACGUGCGAGAAGUGCCGACUGACGGCGGACCGCCAGCGGGUGAUGGCUCUGCAAACGGCCUUGAGGCGAGCCCAGGCGCAGGAUGAGCAGCGGGCGCUGCACAUGCACGAGGUGCCGCCUGCCAAUCCGGCGGCCACGACCCUCCUGAGUCAUCACCAUCAUGUCGCAGCUCCCGCUCAUGUCCACGCCCACCAUGUGCACGCCCAUCACGCACACGGAGGACACCACUCGCAUCACGGACAUGUCCUGCACCACCAGCAGGCAGCGGCGGCCGCAGCAGCAGCUCCGUCGGCUCCAGCCUCCCAUCUGGGUGGCUCCAGCACGGCCGCUUCCAGCAUCCACGGUCACGCCCACGCGCACCACGUCCACAUGGCAGCUGCUGCAGCCGCCUCGGUGGCUCAGCACCAGCACCAAAGCCACCCACACUCGCACCACCACCACCACCAGAACCACCACCAGCAUCCGCAUCAGCAACCGGCCACGCAGACCGCCCUGCGAUCUCCGCCGCACAGCGACCAUGGUGGCAGUGUGGGUCCGGCCACCAGCAGCUCCGGCGGUGGAGCACCCAGUUCCAGCAAUGCGGCAGCGGCCACCUCGAGCAACGGAUCCAGCGGCGGUGGAGGAGGAGGCGGAGGGGGCAGCUCGGGUGGCGGGGCAGGAGGUGGUAGGUCAUCGGGAACAUCGGUGAUCACUAGCGCCGAUCACCACAUGACCACGGUGCCUACGCCCGCCCAAUCGCUGGAGGGGUCCUGCGACUCGUCGUCGCCCUCGCCGUCGUCCACUUCCGGUGCAGCCAUUUUGCCGAUCUCAGUUUCCGUCAAUCGAAAGAACGGCGCCAAUGUGCCCUUGGGCCAAGACGUUUUCCUAGACUAUUGCCAAAAGCUAUUAGAAAAAUUCCGCUAUCCUUGGGAGCUGAUGCCACUCAUGUAUGUGAUAUUAAAGGACGCAGACGCCAACAUUGAAGAGGCUUCCCGGCGAAUCGAAGAGGGCCAAUACGUUGUGAAUGAGUACUCCCGUCAACAUAAUUUGAAUAUCUAUGACGGGGGUGAGCUGCGCAACACAACGCGGCAAUGUGGAUGAUAAUUUUUCAUUAACUAGAGUAACGAAUACUACUUUGCCCCGAUAUUUAUUAUUGUUCAGCAUCACAUAUUAGCUUAAUGCUUCGGUGAAAUCGCGCGAAUUUAACUUUUAUAACUUAGAGUUGAGUAACUUAGAGUUUUAUGGAGCAAAACCUCUGUAAAUAAAUCGAAUUUAUCGGUAAACUAAAGCGCGACUUGGACUAUCUUCAAUCAACAAGCCAAAUAUGUCGAUGUGUGACAGCCGUUCUACGCGUCAGCUUUCUUCAAUCAACAUUACCCCGUGCUGAGAUGUCUGGCCUCAAUGUUAAUAAUCUCAAUCUACAAUCAACAUUCUCUUCUCUUCAAUCAACAAUCCGCAAACGGAUCUAAUCAACAAUCAACAUAGCCCUUGCCGCCAACGAAUAAUAUAAUCAAAGGACAAAGGACAAAAUGUAGUAAACGUUUUUAAAAAAUAUUCGAAAUACGCACGCCAAAUCAACGAUCAACAUUUCAACACGUUCGCAUCACAAAUCUGCGCAUCGGUUGUAUAGCUUUAGUUUAACCUUAUUUAAGUUUGGCAUUACUCAGUUUAUUGGGCUAAUCACAGUCUAAUUAAAGCCAUUGAAAGCGCCUCACUUCAGUCAUUUAUGCUUUUAUUGUUUACUUAAGUACUUAACUGAAUCUAAGUACAAAAUAAUGUUUCUUUCGUAAGCAGCACUAAAUUGAUCAACAAAGGGGAUCGAGAAGAAAACUAGGAUAUACACACUCAUUCGAAUAGGCAUACAAGCCAAUCUCAAAUUUCUUCUUUGCGUGUGAAUUUGUAUCUUAGCAAGGCAAUUGCAUAGUAACCCUUGAAGAAAUGAUAACUACUUUCCGGGGGUCUGGGUAUCAAAACUGUUGUGAGAUAGUGCACAAAUUAUAAAUAUAUUUAAGUUAGUGUUUCAUCGAUGUCUUGCGAAACUCUAAUUGUAAUAUUGCAUUACAACGAAAAUUCUUAUUGACAUUGUAAAAUAUUGUUACGACCUUAAGUAAGAUUUAGCCCAACGGAAUAUUAUAAAAAGGAUAAACCUGAAAUGUCAGAAAUAAACUAUUUUCCUUAAACAAAAUCGGCCUCGCUGAGAUGAUGAGAUGAGAUGAUGAAUUGGAAACUGAAUCUGAAACUGAAACAUAAACCCUCGGAUAUGCGAAUUGAAUCACUGAACUGGAAGUAUCAGCUGUUGUUUGUUUUGUUGAUGACAUUAAACUGGUAACGAUUGCUUUUCAAGUUGUUGCCAUUUCUCGAAUCCAUUACCAUUGCACGUCCCAGCAUCAUCAGCUGAAGUUUUGCCGAGUUGGAGUUGGGAGCCGGGAUGAAGGAUGUGGGAAGUGGGAUCUGGGAGCUGAAAGUAACUUGUGUCGCCACUGCUGCUCGGAUCGUAAAUGCAUCAUUAAACCGAAAAAUGCAUGCGAAAAAUUUACGACACUGCCAACACCAUUGCCAAAGGCCUGCACUGCGAGAAAUGCAUUCAGUGAAAUCAUCUUCGAUUUUGUGUUCACCUUCAGUUUAAAUCGCAUCCAUUUAUAAGUUGUAGUUUACUAGACUCCCCUUAGAAUUGUAAAUAUUUUUUUUUAAUAUAGUAACUAGUAUAUCAGUAAUAUGGAUUAAUAUGGAUAUGGAUUACUCAAAGUGUACGCCUGAGAUUCGCAGAUUCGGAUUUAGUUUCUCCAGCUGGGUUAAACGACUCUAGUCCGCCACCAGGUAGCUGCAAUGCUCCGGCCGUAACAGCUCGACAUCGCUCCUCGGCACUAAACACGUCACGAUGAAAUUUCAGGUAUCGCCGGCGAUCUGGGAGGGAGAAUCUCUGCGUUACCGUGGGUAGGCAAUGGCGACGUGUAAAUGUGGCCACCAUAAAGCUUAAAAGUGUUUAUGGUUGAAAUGUGCGCAAGUGAAAGAGAGAGAGAGAAAGGAAUCGCCGAGCGGUUAAGGUAUUUGAUGCCAACGAAUCGAAAGUUUUAUUGCAAUAUUCAAGGUCCGUUAAAAACUAAAUUUGGUUAACCUACCUUUUCUAUACAAGAACCCUCUAAAACAGUCCAAGUUAAAAGCUUCUUGGACAAUAUUUAAUAAUUAAGCAAUAAACAAAAUGACAUGAUACAUAUCAUGUUCUUCCCAUUCAUAAGGAUAACUAGGUUUCAUAACGAUUUCAUAUUUCAUAAUCAUAUUUUUAAGGCAGGACUUUAAAUUUCUUGAAACAUUUAUACAUACAUUCAUUUACGAUCAAUGAAUUUACCUCACUUUUGUAAUUAGAUAAUAAACCAUUAAUCUUUAAAAUAACUCUCUAUGGAUAUAUGUAGAUAACUGGAUCUUAAUAUACUGUUUUCAAAUAGUGUGAUGAGCAAAUCAUCUUAUGACUCAGAGAAUAUAGUAUAGUAAAUUCAUAUGGAAUCCAACCGCUCUCCUCGACCCAAUUUUACGACGCACUGCCUCAUCCUUGCGUUGUCAUAUUUCCAGCGACGCCUUUCUUUGUUUUCCCAUAAAAAAUAGACUCGCUAGUAUACCAUUUUGUACGGGGCGCCAUAACGAGCUGCGGGCCGUAUCAUCAUCAUCAUCGUCAACGUCCUCAUAUGUGGCUGCCCAGCCCAGCCCGGCCCAACCCAGCAGCUCAGCUCAGCUCGGCUCGGCUCAACGAGUCUAGAACAAAUUCCUUGCCACUUUCAUCCCAAACAUUUACCAAUGCUUAUUAAAAACUAUAGGAAAGCGCAGACCGAGCGGCAGCAGGAAGCAAAAAUUUCCAACUUUACGACUUCAUAUUGUGGGCGGAUCGUAAAAUAUUUGUGCAGCGUCAACUUGCACUCCACUCCACUUCGCGACCGCUCCCCGUUUCCCAUCUAGUUUCGCUACUGUCAUUUUUACUGCCCCACGACUUACAAGCUGCCACUUGUGCCAGACAUCUGAUCCACAUGCAUAGCCAUGGCCUCCUUAGGACAAUAUAGAUUCAUCAUGGCCACGGUCCUGGCUCGCUAAAUAAUAAGCAAGCAGUUUGUCAUAAAGGAUUCCAGCGCAAUCGGGCUGUACUGGACUGGACUGUCUUGACAGUUCGACUGGAAACUUAUUGUCGAGGUUUUGUGGCCUGCAAAAGCAUAGAUUAUAGACCUUUGGAUGGAGCAAGCAAAACUAGUUUCUUUAAACGAAGGCUUAGAAAGAUUACGGAUUAAACGAGGUCAUCAAAUAGUUUACUACUAUUUUAAUAACAUUGAAAAACCAGUAAAAUUUUACCCAAUGCAAUCAAAUCAUAGCGUAGACUUUGAACAAUACAGUUAACAGUAACUAAUUGGUGGACAACGGGCACAUAUUUAACCAAUAUUCCGACCAACUUGAAGAACUUCUUAUGGCUUAAGAAUGAUUUCCUUCCUGCUGCAACAACAGUGAAAAUACCAUGUCCAUUUUCACUUGACUUAUUUCAUUACACCAAGUCAGGAAUCGGAUUGAGAGGUCGUCACUUCGCUUCCUGGCCAAGCCAAACCUGUUCGAAAAUGCAUUCCUCUAAUUACCCCCAACAUCAAGACUCGGUUUAUGGACAAACCCAAUGAGAGUUGCCUAUAUAUUAACAAGUACCAGAAUGCCCGGUCUGGAGGGCAGCUUAACUUGCUCCUUACCCUGACCCGCUCCAUCCAUCAGCAACCUGGGUCACAACUUUUUACGACUUUUUAUUAUUUCGUCAAAUCGCACAAUGGGCGGGCGGCAUUAGUUGCGACUAGGUUGGGUCUGGGUCUGGGUCUGGGUCUGGCAUGGACUGUACCUUCGACUCCAACUCCACCGAUUUCACUCCUUCCACUUCGAUACUUGUGCGUCCUCCGAGGAGGGAACUCUUCAACCCAAGAAAGGGGGCCACAAAGGGGAGGCACGCUCAUGCGUAAUUCUCUCUCGUAUGCUCUGGCCCUGUUUAAUGCAUUCUGCAGUUGGCGGAAGAAAAAAUCCCAUUAAAAUUAAGUAAAAUUGCAGCAGCAGCAGCAGCGUAAUCGUAAAAACUUGGCAUUUUGAUGUUGCAGCAAGCAGUAAAAUUUUGAAAAGUUUUUGCCACGCAGAUAAGGCGGGGAGUCAGCGUAAGACAAAGGCUCUAGCCAGCCGAAGCUCCAACUGGGACUGGAAGCGGGAUGUGGUCGUCGAUCUGGGGGCGUGGCACUUUGGAGGAAGCAGCGGAGGGUUUAUUAUGUGAGCACCGUGCGAAGGUUGCACAUAAAGUGCAUUCCGGGGCCAUAGGUGGGCCCGUGCUUGGAGUUCGGGCCUGGGGAACUGGGACCCCAGGUUCCUCAUGUGCCUUCCAAAAUGGCGCACAUCUUGGUCGGGUGGCAUAGACAUUAAGUGCGGCCAUAGUUAAUGCCAUGGUCGCCAGCCACAACUUUAAACUGCUCUGCUCUAUUUUCCAUAAAAAGUGUGUU